GGAAGUUGCCGGUAUAAUCCUCCGUGCUGGUCUCCCAGACCCGGCUGAGGCCGUAGCGGACUGCCCUUUCCCAAGAUGGCUUCGAAGAUUGGUUCGAGGCGCUGGAUGCUGCAGCUGAUCAUGCAGCUGGGUUCCGUGCUGCUCACGCGCUGCCCCUUUUGGGGCUGCUUCAGCCAACUCAUGUUGUACGCUGAAAGGGCCGAGGCGCGCCGGAAGCCCGACAUCCCAGUGCCUUAUCUGUAUUUCGACAUGGGAGCAGCUGUGUUGUGUGCUAGCUUCAUGUCUUUCGGAGUGAAGCGCCGUUGGUUUGCGCUGGGCGCCGCACUCCAGCUAGCCAUUAGCACCUAUGCGGCUUACAUCGGGGGCUAUGUCCACUACGGGGACUGGCUAAAGGUCCGUAUGUAUUCGCGCACAGUUGCCAUCAUUGGCGGUUUUCUGGUGCUGGCCAGCGGGGCUGGGGAGCUGUACCGUCGAAAGCCCCGAAGCCGUUCCCUGCAGUCCACUGGCCAGGUGUUCCUGGGCAUCUACCUCAUUUGUGUGGCCUAUUCGCUGCAGCACAGCAAGGAGGACCGGCUGGCAUACCUGAAUCACCUUCCAGGAGGGGAGCUGAUGGUCCAGCUGUUCUUCGUGCUGUAUGGGGUCCUGGCCCUGGCCUUCUUGUCAGGAUACUAUGUGACCCUGGCUGCCCAGAUCCUGGCUGUGCUGUUACCUCCUGUCAUGCUGCUCAUUGAUGGCAACGUCUCCUACUGGCACAACACACGUCGUGUGGAGUUCUGGAACCAGAUGAAGCUACUUGGCGAGAGUGUGGGGAUCUUCGGGGCUGCUGUCAUCUUGGCUACUGAUGGCUGAGUUCCACAGGGAGCGCCUGACUUGGGCACAGGAGGCCACCUCCGAAGGCCAUUUUCCUCCUUGCUGGCCCAGUUGCUGUUUAUUUAUGUUUCUUGGUUUGUUUACUUUCUUGUUUUUUGAUUUUAAUAGUUACAUUUUUUUCUCCCCCAAGUUUGUGGCUUAGACCUUGGGAAGAUGGGAGCCCUCGCGCUAAAGCCUCAUAGGGUUGUUGUUGUUUUUCUUACUUGUUUUGGGGAGAGCUGAGGCCAGCUGCCCCUCCCCUAUAUGGCCAGGGAGGGAGGAGUCCCUGUGAAAAGAGUAAGGCAGAGCUGGGGUGCUGGUAGGUGUCAGGGACAGAGGAAGAUUUGGAAGUAAGCAAAUGUCAAAAUUCCUUUUGGAACCUGACAGAUGCAGCUAAACUAAGCAGUGCUUUUCAGACUAGUGUGUGUGUUCACACCUGUGUCUUCACACAUAUAGAAGGACCCUGUAAGGAAGGGCAAAGUGGCUGGUGCUACAGACGUCACAUGGGCUCUUUGGGGGUCUGCUGGGGCAGAAACAAUCCCAGCUUUCUAACCCUCGCUCUAGUGUUGAGAUCAGGCCCUGGUGUGCUCUGGGAUGUGCAAGGCAGAGCAGGCCUGUCAGGCAGCCUGCUGCUGCAUCUGUUCUCAGCUUCUCGGUUGACUGGCUGGGCAGAGCAUCCUCCCGAAUACCAGGCCACACCAUCCUCCAAAAAUAAACAUUUUAUACAGA